AUGUCUGAUUCAAAGAACAAGAGCGCCUACGGUGUAGCGGCCUCUGACACCGAUUUCCGCAAGAAUUGGGAUCUGGACGAGUAUGCCGCCAAAGCCAAAGAACGCGAGGCCAAGGAGAGGGAAGAGGCCAAGGCGCGCUACGAGGCCAAACUCGCUGGCAAGAAAUACCACAAGCCCAUGACGGGCAACGAGACAUACACAUCAGCACGGAGAAACAUCAUUGAUGUUAGCGCCCAGGUUGGCAAGACGCAGAUUGUGCCGGCUGGAUCGGGAGUUGGUAAACGAGGCAGAGGAGCUGGUUUCUACUGUGAGGCUUGCGACCUUACGUUCAAGGACAACUUGCAAUGGGUCGAGCAUUUAAAUACGACUCAGCAUCUGCUCAACACCGGGCAGACCACCGAAGUCAAGCGGGCAACCGUUGAGGAAGUGCACGAGCGAAUCGAAUUCUACAUUCGCCGAAAAGAAGAUCUCGAGAGGGAAAAGGCCACGAGUUUACAAGACAGGCUGCAGAUCCGAGAAGAGGAAAUGAAGAAGGAGGCGGAAGAGAAGCGGGCGAAACGAAAGGAAGAGGCAGAGAAGAAGCGGCAGGACAAGGAACAGGCGGCCAAGGUGAAGACCGAGUACGGCGACGAUGUGCGGGUUGAAGGAGAGCAUGACGAGGAUGAUAUGAUGGCGCAGAUGGGAUUUACCGGGUUUGGAUCGUCAAAGAAGUGA